CUGGAGAAUACUGUGACACAAUUAUAGGGCUAACCGUGGAGAUUAGCCCUAUUGAACGCUUCUUGUAAGCUUUCAACAUAAAGAAGUCUACGUGCAUGAUGUAUCCAUUUGAUCGUCGUGGUCAUGAGUGUAAUGCCCUGGUAGACCCUAUUACAAUGUGCAAAUCUGAAAGAUGUUAUAUUGUAUGGCUCGUAGUAUACUGGCCCAACUAGUAUUAUGUAAGCACACAGAUAAAGUGAUGCUGUCUGACCGUCCAUCAGUGGUGAUGUCUGGAGGCCAAUCGCUUCUGAUGUCUGGAUGCUUAUCAGUGAAAAUGUCUAAAUGUUCUUUGCUGAUGAUAUCUGAAGACCCAUCGCUGAUGAUGUCUGGACGCUUAUCUAUGAUCAUAUCUGGACACCCAUCAAUGAUGAUGUCUAGAUGCUUAUCAGUAAUGAUGUAUAAACGGCCAUCAAUGAUGAUGUCUGGACGUUUAUCAGUAAUGAUGUCUGAACACCUAUCAAUGAGGACGUUUCGACAUCCAUCACUGAUGAUUUUUAAACAACCAAUAAUGAGAAUUUCUGGACAACCCUUAAUGAGGAUUUCUGGCCGCCCAUCAAUGAUGAUGUCAGGACGCUUAUCAGCUAUGAUAUCUGGACACCUAACAAUGAGGAUGUUUGGACAUCCAUCACUGAUCAUUUCUGGACAACCAUUAGUGAGGAUUUCUGGUCGACCAUCAGUGAUGAUGUCUGGAAGCCCAUCAAUAAGAACAUAUGGACGUCCAUCAGUAAGGACGUCUGGACGCCCAUCAACGAAGACGUCUGGACGCCAAUCAAUGACGACAUCGGGACGUCAUUCAAUGAAGACACAUGGAUGCCCAUCAAUGAAAACGUCUGGUUGCCCAUUAAUGAAGACGUCUGGAUGCCCAUCAGUAAGGCCGUCUGGACGCCCAUCAAUGAAGACGUCUAGACGUCCAUCAAUGAAGAUAUCUGGACACCCAUUAAUAAAGACGUCUAGAUGGCCAUCAAUGAAGAUAUCUGGACACCCAUUAAUAAAGAGGUCUGGACUCCCAUUAAUAAAGAAGUCUGGACGCCCACUAAUGAGGAAGCCUGGAUGUUCAUCAGUGAAGAUGUCUGGAUGCCUAUCAAUGAAGAUAUAUGACUACCUAUCAGCAAGGAUGUCUAAGCACCAAUUAUUAAAGAUGUCUGGACACCCAUCAAUGAAGAUGUCUCUAAAGCUAUUCAUGAUGAUAUCUGGAUGGAAAUCAAUGAGGAUGUCUGGACGCCUGUCAAUAGGGAUGAUUGGACGACCCUCAGUGGGGAUGUCUGGAAAAAAUAAUGAAGAGUUCCAGGAAGAAAAAUCUAAUAAAAAAGUUCAAACAUUUUGUCAAUUCUUGUAUAGGAAAUAUCGAAUAUGGAACCAGGUGUAAACAAGAUAUCCAGGUUGCAGAAGACAGUUAUAGUGACGAGCAAAAAAAGCAAGACUUCCUUACUGAAACUGUCAAUGAAACAUCUACACCUAAGAGAUACAUUGGAUUACAAAAUCAGGGAGCCACAUGCUAUUUGAACACAGUUCUGCAAAUACUCUUCAUGACAGAGGAUUUCAGAAAGGCUGCCGAGAGGAAUCAUUCCACCAUUAGUAAUCGCAUUGCACAGUUAUUUGAGCAAUUAAAGUCUGGAGAGAGAAACAUUGCCACAACUGAAGGAAUCACAGCUGAACUUCAAAUAAAUGUUCAUAAGCAGGAAGAUGCUGCAAAAUGCCUACAGAAGAUACUUAACAAGGUUGAUCCUGAGAUGGCUAAGAUAUUUCAGGGAAUAAAGGUGAACACAACUAUUUGUGAAAAAACAGCAAAACAUCAUGAACCUCUGAGACAAUUAAACACUUUUUUCACUAUAUCCAUUUCCUUGGAGUCAAAUGUUCAUAUUAACCUGCAAAGUUGUUUUGAUUCAUAUUUUGCGCCGAUCAAAAUGUGUGGGGAAGACCAACAAAUCUUCUGUAAUGACUGUCAGAUGUUCAUGGAUACAGAAAUGAGCUCCAGUUUGCAGAAGGUCCCUUUAGUUCUGGUUUUGCACCUGGAGAGGUUUGAACUGGAUUAUGACACGAUGUGCUGUGUGAAGAAUAAUUCAUUAGUGCAAAUUCCUGCCCGAUUAUCAGUUGAAGAAAAGGCUGAUAAAACUAAAAAGUACUGCUAUGAUUUGUAUGCUAUGGCCAACCAUGUUGGUUCUCUCAAUGGUGGACACUAUUAUGCUGUCAUCAAAUCAUUUGAGGACCAGCAGUGGCAUAGAUUUGAUGACAGCUCUGUAGAAGAGAUUGAAAAGCAUGAUCUGGACAAUCACUUAUCCAGAGAAGCGUGCAUACUUUUGUACAAAAAAUCCCUAGAGACUGCAGGUCAUUCCCAGACAUUAGAAAAACAAAACAUAAUGAAAAAAAGAAAAAACAGUGAAUGUGAGAAUCGUGAGAAAGAUGAGAUGAACACUGACAACGUCAAAUAUAAAUGUGAGAAUCCUGAGGAAAAUCAGAUGAACACUUACAGCACUAAAGAUGAAUGUGAGGUUCCAGAGAAAGAUGAAAUGAACACUGACAUCAGAGAUGAAUGUAAAACUUCUGAGAAACAUAAGAUGAACACUGACAUCAUCAAAGAUAAAUGUAAAAAUCCUGAGAAAGAUGGGAGGAACACUGACAGAAUCAAAGAUGAAUGUGAGAAUCCUGAGAAAGACGAGAUGAAGACUGCCAUCAGAGAUGACUAUGAGAAAAAUGAGAUGAACACUUUUAACACUGACAGCAUUAAAGAUAAAUGUGAGAAUCAUGACAAAAAUGAUAUGAACACUCACAACAUCAAAUACGAAUGUGAGAAUCCUGAGAAAAAUGAGAUGAACACUGACAACGUCAAAUAUAAAUGUGAGAAUCCUGAGAAAAAUAAGAUGAACACUGACAGCAUCAAAGGUCAACGUGAGGAUCCUGAAAAAGAUGAGAUGAACAUUGACAGCGUCAAAGAUGAAUGUGAGGAUCCUGAGAAAGAUGAUAUGAACACUGACAUCAGACAUGAAUGUACAAGUCCUGAGAAAGAUCAGACAAAUUCUAAGAUCAUCAAAUAUUGUGUAGAAUCACAAUAUAAUUUUGAUCUGGAAGAUCAGAACGUAGAUAGUACCAAUAACUUUGCAAUUAAUGGAUGUUCUCAAAGUACAAUAGUUGAUCUUGAAGUUUCUCAGAGUCUGCUAGAACACACUGAUGAUAACUCUGAAACAAAUGCAAUCACCCUGCAAAUUAUGUCAGAUGAAGACUCUAUAUCUGUAAUGCACAAAAAAAUUUGCAAUUUUAAAAAUUUGUAUGUCAAAAUCAUCACUUUCACUUCAAUACUCUUCUGCAUUUUCUUACUUGUUUUUUUAUUAUUGUUUUUUAAAACAAAAUAAUGAAAAAUUCUACUGUGCACAAGUAUGAAAGAAAAUGUCAAUUGUUUAUGUUUGUUCAGACUGUUAAAACUUGAAAUUUGUCUUUUUACACAUACAGAUGUCACUUCCAGAACCAUACUCAAUAAAUCAUGUUGA